AUGAAACUGCUUAUAUUCGGCGCUACAGGAGCAGCCGGGGGACUGACAGUCCGCAAGGCCAUCGAACACGGCCAUGAGAUAACACUGCAUGUCCGUGACAGGAGCAGGGUGCCAGAAGCCAUCUCGAGCUCAGACCGAGUCAAGGCAAUAUACGAGGGCUCUCUAUCCGACGAGUCUUCGCUCUCCGCAGCCAUCAAAGGACAGGAUGCAAUACUAUCCUGCAUUGGCCCCAAGAGCAUCUUCGGCGAUUAUGGCCACCAGUUCUCUGAUGGAUACCGACUGAUCCUCAAAUUAAUGCGCCAGCACGGCGUUACGCGCAUCAUCGCAAUGUCGACGAUCAGUGCUUACGACGCUCGUGAUCAGUUCGGGUUCAUGAGAACUGCUGCGUAUUGGACCGUGUACAUGCUUGGUCGUCGAUCGCAGAGAGAAAUCCUAGGUAUUGGAGAAGUCUUCAAGGAAAAAGGAGAGGGACUGGACUGGACGCUGUACAGGGUAGGCGUACUUGGGGGCUCACAGGAGGAUGGACGAGUGGCGCAAACUGGCUGGAUUGGGGACGGAAAGACCACCAUCUACCUGGAGAGGAGAGACUGGGCGAACUGGAUGAUCCAGGAGGUUGAGCGGGAGCAGCCGCGGUGGGUGCGUGAGAUGCCGGUCAUUUACUCUCCUUAUCCGGGAGGUAUAUGGUAG